UUAACGGCUUUUAACGGUUUUAAACGUGUUUUUUUUUUUUUUUUUCCCCUUUCCCGGUACGCGGGGGUUCGGGGCUCGGCCGCCCCGCUCCUUCCAGAAGGGUUCAGGGGACGGCCGGGGAGCUGCUGGGGUUGGGGUGAGGAGGAAGUGAAACCUCGUUGCGGGAAGUGAUUCGCGCCGCGUUCAGUGUGCUCCUAAUUAGCACCUGUCUCGGCUGCCCGCGUUUAGAAGGGCUGGUGGGAUGUGCAGCGCCGCGUGCCCUGCCCGCGAGUGCGCUGGAAGUUUCCGCUUGAGCACUGGGUUCUUUCGGUGAGAUUUUUGCUGGAACGACAGGAAGCGUUUUCUAGUGUUUUGUGAUAAAACAGCGCUUUCAGAGUACUGAAAGGGAAGAUACAAACCCAGCCUCUUCUUUCCUUGAGGUCGUUUGAGUUGGUUAUUGGUGCAAUGGAAGAAGCUGGAUCUCAGGAGAUGGGAACGAAUAACCAGGAUCAGCUGGUGAACAGCAAAUGCAAUGAAUCGUCUGAUGCAGCAUUGCAGCAUACGGAGUCCAACUGUGAUGGCCUGGAAAAUGCGGGCACACUGGAAGAAGCUGAGUACAUCACAAAGAACAGAAAGCUCCUAGGGUCCUUGUGCUGCUCUCAGGAGUCUCGUGAGGAGACUCCUGGGAGAGAAGAAGCCCGUACUGAUCCACCUGAUGGCCAGCAAGAUCCAGAGAGUGAAAAACACAAAGAGAAAACUUUAGGAAAAGAAGUGCUAUUAUUAAUGCAAGCCUUGAACACGCUUUCUACUCCAGAGGAAAAGUUGGCAGCUUUGUGCAAAAAGUAUGCUGAUCUGUUGGAGGAGAGCCGGAAUGUUCAAAAGCAGAUGAAGAUACUGCAGAAAAAGCAAGCACAAGUUGUGAAGGAGAAAGUCCACUUGCAGAGUGAGCACAGCAAGGCCAUUUUGGCACGCAGCAAACUGGAAUCUCUCUGUCGGGAGCUUCAGCGUCAUAACAAGACUUUAAAGGAAGAAAACAUGCAGCAAGCACGUGAAGAAGAAGAGAGGCGAAAAGAAGCAACUGCACACUUCCAGAUUACACUGAAUGAAAUUCAGGCUCAACUGGAACAGCAUGAUAUACAUAAUGCCAAGCUCCGUCAGGAGAAUAUUGAACUUGGGGAAAAACUGAAGAAGCUCAUUGAGCAGUACGCGUUGCGAGAAGAGCAUAUUGAUAAAGUGUUCAAACAUAAAGAACUGCAGCAGCAACUUGUGGAUGCCAAACUACAACAAACUACCCAACUUAUUAAAGAAGCAGAGGAAAAACAUCAGCGAGAAAGGGAGUUUCUUCUAAAAGAAGCUACUGAGUCCAGACACAAGUGUGAACAGAUGAAGCAACAGGAAGCUCAGCUCAAGCAGCAGCUUUCUCUUUACAUGGAUAAAUUUGAGGAAUUCCAGACUACCAUGGCAAAAAGCAAUGAACUCUUUACAACCUUCAGACAAGAAAUGGAGAAGAUGACAAAGAAGAUUAAGAAACUGGAAAAGGAAACUAUAGUCUGGCGUACAAAAUGGGAAAACAACAACAAGGCUCUUCUUCAAAUGGCUGAAGAGAAAACAGUAAGAGAUAAAGAAUACAAAGGCUUUCAAAUAAAACUGGAGCGUUUGGAGAAGCUAUGCAGGGCCCUUCAGACAGAAAGGAAUGAGCUGAAUGAGAAGGUGGAGAUCCUUAAGGAGCAGGUUUCUCUCAGAGAAGCAGAUGUGGAUCUAGCUGUGCAGGUGUUGCAGUCCUGCACGCUCAAUUCCCACGAGGAGCUGGAAAGUCCCACUGACACGGAACCAGGAAUCCAGCCCAGUGUUGAAUCACAAGUGGCAAAUCGUUCUGAAAAGACUGUCUCAACAAGUCCUGUUCCUGGCACUGAAUCUGUAGACUAAAAUGAAGUGUAAACACUGUAUUGAGAGAUAUAUUUUGUGUAUAACUUUCUCUGUUGGUGGUAACUAUUGGUUUUGUGGUGAAAAUUUUCUUACUUUUUCUACCAUAUCUGUAUUUUCUUAGAACUACUGGACUUAUGUGGUACAGGAAGCUGCAUAGCAGCUUUAAAUAGCUUAAACUAUAAAUUUUCCACAACUGUGUUGCACAUCUGCCUCAUUUUUUAAAAGAAAAUAUUUUUCCAUAAAAGGAUGCAUGUGCAUUUCCUCCCCACAACACAAAUCACUGUCAUUGAAGACUGUGUACAGACGUAACAUCAUUAGGGGGAAAAUAGUGACGCUUGUCACUUCUUUUGGUUUAAAGAACAGCAUUCUGGUUUUGUUCAUUGAGUUGGCACUCAAUAUACUAAAAGUUACCAAGUUUUUCAGUAAGUUUAUCUACACGAGGAUGUCUAAUGGCCAGUAAAAAUGUCAGCUUUCCCCUCUAGUAUGUUUUCAUAUAUAUGAAAAACUAAAGGUCCAGAAUAUAGUAAAAAUGUAUGUUUAAGGGGUUUUAUGUACUUUGUGGUAUGGAAAAACAACAGCUUUGAAACACGUUGAUUUGCAGCUGGUGAAACAGGGUGUACAACUUCUUUGCAGACUUCUCAGGGUUGUGUUGUAAAAGUUAUUUGGGACUAGUAGCCCUACCUGUGAGGAUGCUAAAUAGAAAUGUGUCAGGAAACGUACAGCAGUGUUACAGAGUGGAAUUUUGCAGUUGGGUAAUGUCCUGUUACACAGACAUUGGUCACAUUCUUCCCUCUUAGCUGCGGUGUGUCCAUAACAUGAUUAUGCUGCCUAGAGAAAUCACAUGUUGUCGAGACACAUCUGUGGAUUAUCUGAAGGGCUGGGAAGAAAACAUUUACUGCCUGAGGUGUAGCAGACACAAGCCUCUAGCAUAUAGGCUUUUAGUAGCCGUAUAUGCAACGUAUGUAAGUAUUAGUUAAAGUAUGUACUUGUUUAAAUUGGACAUGUAGAGUCAGGUACUUCUCCUGAAGUGUGCAACGUUCAAUAUCUUGCAUGUUCAACCUUGAAGCUGUACCAGUUGGCAGAGUGCCUUCCCAGUUAGGUAUCUGUAAAGUUGGUACUUCAAAUUCUUACAGUAACAUGCCACAAACAAAGCACCCUUGUUAACCUUAAGCCAUGUAGGCUUUUCCUUUUAAAAAAAAAGUCAUAUCCAUAUUUUGACUUUAUUCUGAGAAACUGGGACCAACUUUUUUUUGGCAAGGCAAUGUGUGAAAUAAUUACCAAUUACCCAAGUUACCCUUAACUUUAGUUCAUAUGUAUUUACUUUCUAGUUUUGGUUGCUGUCAUUUUAAGGAAUAUGAAAAUGUGUAGCCUUUUCUGGUACUUAAAGUUCUUUGCACUUACUUGGGAGGGGAUUUCUGAAUCAAGCACAUCUCAAUGAGCUUCCCACCCUCAUUGCCCUUGACAGUUUAGUGGCUAAAUUACUUGAAUGUUCAGGCUGCACUGAGCUCCUGAUCCUUUUCCUGUAGUGAUGUACAUUGAAAUAAUGUAGCUGUCUCUUAAAGAGAGUAAGGUUAUGUAAGGCCUGAUAAAUGUGUUGUAGCUCGUACCACUGAGAGGAACUGUGUGAAACUGACAUUUCUUUAAUGGUGGAGCAAAUGGGAGGCUGGCCAUUUUUCUGCUAGAUUUGUGCAAGUUUUGCGUUUGUGGUCCAAGCACAAUGCAGGAAUGAAAGAAGGUAGCAGUGAGCAGUCAGUCAAGGAAGACUCAGAGCUUUGAAGUGUUAAUCAUGCUAACCAUAUGGCCUAAAAGUACUAGAAAGAAGUAUUUCAGACUUGUGAUUUAAAUGACUUGUUUUGUAGAAUCAAUCUGUUUAAAAAAAAUAGUUGUUGCAAGAACUGGUUUUCAGCUAACACUAAGCACGAAAUAAUUUUCCUGAGGGAAAGUGAAAAAACUUUGUAUCUGAUUCAUCAUACCCUUGGCAAGGUAGGACGUGAAGUUUUCUAUAUUUACAGCUUAUUGUUUGGACAUUUUUAUCUAAUGAUUCUUUUGAUAGUGCUUGUUCUAUAUGGGGGCAAGAGCAAAUUUUGGACCCUGCUGCAAGAAUAUUUUAAAGGGCUUUUAGAGACCUGACAGAUGUAUAGAACAGCAAUAUAAUUAUAUUUGUUACUGACUUAAUUUGUAAAUGAAGCAGAAUGCCCCAAGUGAGAGGCUUUAAAAAUGGGGAUCUCUCUUUCUCUUUCCUACCCUUAACAUUCCCAUGUCGCAUCAACUUUUCAUCUGGCCAAGGUGAGCUAUACUUCGCUUCCUGAAACCAGUCGGUACCUUUUCAUGCAUUGCUUUAAAGAGUGUUGUUUUAGAUAAGAAAUAACACCCCCAUACAAAUUUUUAUCAAGGGAUAAGCUCAGCACUCUAACUGAUCUGCCAUACAGCAGGCUAUUGCACUGCCAGUCUGCAGCCAAAUUGGCUCCAGUAAGGUUUUUAAGUGAACUUGUAUUAAUGCCUUUCUUCCACUACCAUAAACUGUUUAAUCAGGGCUGUAAGCUGAUGUAGCCUGAAAUAAGUACGUCUAAUUGUCAAAACUCUGGGGCUUGAUUGACAGUUUCACCAUGAUUAAGCUGCGAAAAGGCUGAAUUAUACGUGAUGCAAGACCCGAGUAUGUGUAUACAUACACAGGUAAGUUAGGGCUGUAUCUAAUGUUUUGUCCUUCCUUUCAUUACACUUACACCUGGUUACGUUACAGUUCAAUUCUCAGGUGUUGCAGAAAAUCUACCUCUUUGGACUGUAGAUGGAAAUAACUGUGAAAAAAGUGAUGCAGAAAUCUAGUUUGUGCUAAACACACUGCUUUAUUUUUACAACCCAUGUCUGCUUUCAUGAGGAAAAAAUGAUAAAUGAACAGGCAGUCUUUGUUUUGCUUUUCAAAAACAUUUUGUAGAGAUUUUUCACUAAUGUGAAUCUGAAAUUUUAUCUACUCAAUUCUGUAUAGAUUAAGUAAAUAAGUAUGC